GCACGUACGAUUUUUCUUUUUUCUAUGGAGAAUUAACUCUUUAACUCAAGAAAUCAAAGCAUGACAUUAAUUAAACUUCAAAUAUACAAAGUGACAAAUCGUCGAAUUACAUAGGAAUAGUCAGUCAACUAACGUAUCAAUCAACAAGUGAUGUUGUACAGUACAAUCCAACUUUAGGAGAGAGACUAUACACUCCCAAAAGACGCGGUAUUUCGCAUUAUUAAAUCAUCCCAAAAAAAUAAAAUAAAAAACCUUUGUUCUUCAUCUCCAAAAAACCCCACCAUUUUUCAGAAAUUCAACGUUCAAUUCAUUCAAAUUUGCUGCAAAUUAAUCAUCAUCUGAAUUUUUCUAUUGAUUUUAUCAUCUGGGUAUUUUAAAUUUAUGCUGCAAGUUUACUCAUUUGAUUGAUUAAUGCGAUAGAAAAGAGGAAAAGAAGAGAGAGAAAAUGGGGUGUGUUUCCAGUAAAACAGCGGAUUCUAAAGCUAAUAGAGUUGCUCGAUGGCGUUCCACUGGCAUUGUUGCUCUUCGAGACUCCAAAUUGAAGGCAUUUCCUGAUGAAGUUCUUACCCUUGACAGAGCUGUACGCACAGUGGACUUAACACACAACAAAAUAGUUGAUGUUCCAGUAGAAAUCAACAAAUUGAUCAACAUGCAGCGCCUGAUUUUGGCAGAAAAUCUUAUUGAAUGUCUUCCAAUGAACCUGGGGAAACUUCAGUCUCUAAAAGUAAUGACACUUGACGGGAAUCGACUUUCUGGCUUGCCUGAUGAAUUGGGUCAACUGGUACGGCUUGAGCAGUUGUCAGUAUCUCGGAAUGUGUUGACAUACUUACCAGAGACUUUAGGGAGUCUUAGGAAUUUGAAGCUCUUAAAUGCAUCAAACAACCAGUUAAAAUAUCUUCCUGAAUCAAUUGGGAGUUGCUUUUCACUCGAGGAGCUUCAAGCAAAUGAUAAUUCCAUUGACGAUCUUCCUCCUUCAAUAUGUAAUCUCGUUCACCUGAAAUCACUUUCUCUGAACAACAACAAUGUGAAAGAGAUGCCUGCAACUAUACUCAGAGACUGCAAAAUCCUGCAAAGUAUAUCCUUGCAUAAUAAUCCCAUUUCCAUGGAUCAGUUCCAACAGAUGGAAGGUUACCAAGAAUUUGAACAACGACGGAGAAAGAAGUUUGACAAACAAAUAGAUUCGAAUGUGAUGAUAAAUUCAAAGGGUCUAGAUCAGGGUGUUGAUUCGUGAUUCUGUGUAUCCUACACCAAUUUUGAUGAAAUAUCUUGGUUGUCAAACAAAUUUAAGCUGUGAACAUCUGAGGCAGAGAUAACUGCUCAGAUUGUGUUUCUCCAGCUGAAUCUAUCCAGUCGUGUUCAGUCAUCUUGCUGCUCAUUUAACUUCAGUCAAAAUGGUGAAAUGGCCUCUGUAUAUGAUAAUUUUUUUUCGGGUAAUUUGUUAUCUGGUCUCCCGAAGCUGGAAGCUUUAUAUUGUGCAGGUGUGUAUAUAGAGAAAGAGUUCCCUUGCAAAUUGCUACAUUGAACUUGCAACCACAGGAAGUUUGAUAUACUGAGUUUACGAAUUGCUUGUUUUUUUAAGUGUUUAUAUAAGUUAUAUUGGCCUUCUUUGCAUCUAUGACAGCAUCUUUCAAGUAUACUGUGUACUUUCAUUGGCCGUGUGUGGCAAUUAGCAUUAAAGUGCUUGUAUUUGUCGGCUUGACUAGCUAUUUGUAAACGCUACUAACCAGCAUUUUCGAGUUAGAGUUUGGAACAGAUUACAAACUUAACAAUUAGCGGAUUGCAGACUUGCUGAGGUUAACCUCAAUAAGUGCUCUAAUCCGCUAAAAGCUCUUCAA